AAAAAUUCUUAGUAAUCUGUGAUCCGUCAGAGGGGUGGCAGGUGAUCUCUGUAGCACAGAGGCGCCUCAAGGGGUGUAAAGGUUAAGGAACCUGUCUGCACUGUCCCAAAGGCAAACAAACUUGCUAGCCUUGAGUAAAGUCCGAUGGGGGUCACAAAGAGGCAGGACAGAGGGGGCUGUCCGGCCCGGGAGAGCUUGGCUGCAAUCUAACUGACAAAAACAAGACCCAGAUUCAGUGCAUCACCCUCAGGAGGAGGUUAUCAUGGAUCUUCUCCACAGUUGGGGGAUCGAGCUGGCAGUUCAUCUGCAGACCACAUACAGCAGGUAUGAGGGUUUGUUUAGCCUGGCGUCCUCAGUGGCCGACCUGCACACGGCAUUCUUCUACUUCUUCCCGAUCUGGUUCCACCUGCGGAGGGACACUGCGCUCAGGCUCAUCUGGGUGGCCGUCCUUGGAGACUGGCUCAACUUAGUCCUGAAAUGGGUUCUGUUUGGGGAGAGGCCGUACUGGUGGGUCCAUGAGACCCGGUUUUAUGAAGCAGGACAGGCCCCUUCUCUGCAGCAGUUUCCCAUCACAUGUGAAACUGGACCAGGCAGCCCUUCAGGUCAUGCUAUGGGUGCAGCUGGUGUCUGGUAUGUCAUGGUAACGGCGCUACUCGGUAUAGCAACAGAGAAGCGAUGCCCCCCUUUACUAUACAGAUUCUUGCAGUUAAAUCUGUGGAUGCUAAUGGGUCUGGUAGAGCUGGUGGUCUGCAUGUCCAGGGUCUACAUGGCUGCCCAUUUUCCACACCAGGUCAUCGCUGGAGCCAUUACAGGUAUACUUGUCUCUGAGGUUGUCUCGAAGCAGAAAUGGAUCUACAACGCCAGCAUGAAGAAAUACUUCUACACCACUCUCUUCUUGACCUCCUUCGCUGUUGGCUUCUACGUCCUCCUCAAAACUGUGGGUGUGGACCUGCUGUGGACCAUUGAGAAAGCCCAGAAGUGGUGCGUGAAGCCGGAGUGGGUCCACCUGGACAGCACGCCCUUCGCCAGCCUCCUGCGUAACAUGGGCACCCUUUUCGGCCUGGGCCUGGGCCUGCACUCGCCCCUCUACGCCAAGACCAAGAGGAAGAAAUCAAGCACCAGUUUCAGGCUGGGAUGUGUUAUCAUCUCCUUGUUCCUGCUCCAGCUGUUGGAUGGAUGGACUUUUCCCUCUGAAUAUCUUAUGACUUUCUAUUUCCUGUCUUUUGGUAAAAGUGCAGUUGCACUUUUAAUCCCAACCACUCUGGUUCCCUGGGCGCUCAGCUGGAUUUGCAAGGCAACGAGAGAAGACAAGAACUUGUGAUUCUGUUACAACAAUUCAAAGUCACUUAUUGUAUUAGUUUAAACUUCUAUAUUUACUUGUUUCUUCUUAUGUUUAAUACACAAGGACAUUUAUAGUUUUUUGGACAAUAUCCCUGAAGUUAUUGUGCCGGCCUGGAUAUCACUUCCUUUGAGGAAUAUGUACUGUAGUUUGACAAUUUGGGAAAUAUUCCCUUUCUUGUCAAGAUUUAGAUGAUAAGACUGGUACCAGUUUAAUGUCUGUACGCUGGAUAUGAUGCUACAGCUAGCAGCUCGUUAGCUUAGCUUGACGGGGAAACAGCUGCCUUGGUUCUGUUCAAAGAUAAGAAAAUCCACCCAACAGUACCUGUAAAUCUCAUCAAUGUAAAAAUAAUAUAUAUAAUUUGUUUAUUGAACAAGUUUAAAAAUGUCAGUAUGUGGGUUUAUGGGGGUUGUGUCAGAAGCACCUACUUCCUGCAGUCUCCAUGAAUUACCUUAUGGGGAAACAAUAAAUCCUCCUUUGUACACUAAGGUUUCUCCAUCCAUCCAUUUUCAAUCUUAUCCAAAGCCGGGUUGCGGGGGCAGCAGGCUGAACAAAGCACCCCAGACAUCCCUCUCCCCAGCUCCUCCUGGGGGACCCCAAGGUGUUCCCAGGCCACAUGAGCUAUGUAAUCCUUCCAGUGUGUUCUGGGUCUGCCCCGGCGCUUCCUACCAGUGGGACGUAUCCAGAACACCUCCAAUGGGAGGCGCCCAGGAGGAUCUUGAUCAGAUGUCUGAACCACUUCAACCGAUCCCUUUCAACAUGAAGGCGCAGCGGCUCUACUCCGAGCUCCCUCCGGAUGUCUGAGCUCCUCACCCUAUCUCAAAGGCUGAGCCCAGACACCCCACAGAGGAAACUCAUUUGGGCUGCUUGUAUCCGUGAUCUCAUUCUUUCAGUCACUACCCAGAGCUCAUGACCAUAGGUGAGGGUUGGGCCGUAGAUGGACCACUAAAUUGAAAGCUUUGCCUUCUGGCUCAGCUCCCUCUUUACCACAAUGUUCCGGCACAGUGCCUGCAUCACUUUAGAUGCUGCACUGAACCACCGAUCCAUCUCACGCUCCAUUCUACCCUCACUUGUUUUAAGUCGCUCGUUUUUGUUCACAUUAACAAAGAAGAUAGAGCAUGUCAACUGGUGAUCUCAUUGUGUUACCUUUGGACAGAGCCAGGCUAGCUGUUUCCCCCCUGUUUUCAGUCUUUAUGCUAAGCUAAGGUAAAUCUCCACUGCCGUGCCAAUGUUUAGACAGCUCAAAUUUCCAAAGCCCCAUUAGUCUAAAAAUGGCCCUUUGGAAUGAAAGUCCAUUUCUCUGACAGAUGAUCCCAAAAACAAACGCCCAUUGCUCCAAAGUCCAGUUUCUCUAAUAAUACCCAAUAGCAUAUGACGGUGCUGUCACAUCUCAAUUGUUAAUUUCGGUUGAAAUGAACUCAGGUCUGUUUGUGUGGUUAGUAUGGUUUGUUUGGGCUUGUGUGAAAGUUUUCAAUCGAAUCCUGCGGCGGACCAAACAACCAAACCGAGACCGCUCGAAAAGGUGUCUCGGUGAAUCCCAUAUAGGGACCAUUUUUCAACUUGUUUACUACCCACAUGGGCCCAACAUACAAAUGUUGGCGGGUUAAUGGGCGUUAGAGAAAUUGGCUU